AAAAAAAAUCCUAAUACAAAUGCAAAACUUUCUGGCAUACAUGUAUUUGGUCUUAAUGCCACAGAUGUAGAGCAAGAAUGUGAAAGAAAAAAUGAACGAUCCAAUUCUUUUAAACCAUUUAACACAUUAAGCGAAUCUAUGAAGACAAAACGUUCUUGUAGAUUUUUUAUACAAAUCAGUGAAGCAUUUGAAAAUGAAAUUCCCAAAUUUUACAACUCAUUUGAUCAACCAGUUUUACAAGAAGUCCGGUUCCAUAUUCAAAAUAAAAAUUAUUUAGCUUAUUAUCAGAACAAAGAUCAAGAAAAAGAAAAUCAUUCUUUAGAUGCAUUUUUAAAAGUUAUCGACCAAGGUCCAAUUUCUCGAAAUGCUUACUGA